UAGGUCUUGCUGCGACCACUAGUUCUUCCACUUGCCCGGGUCCGAUUGACGACGAGGUUUGUGCUCCUGCUACUUGUGAUCUCCCUUAAGGACCAAGACAGAUACUUGUACGUCGAAAGUCGGUUUUUUUGAUCGGUUUUGCAGGUCACUUCUAGUCGCUGAAGCUGCAUUAGCUGCAGCAUUCCUAGCUCCGACUAAGAAAUACACUUUCUAUCCUCGGUCUAAGAAGAAUCAAGUCUUCAUAUAAAAGAAAAAUCGGUUAACAAAAUUCAACACUGUGCGAGGUUAACUUUUUCUCACCUAUGGUUCAUUCGGUCCUCAACAAGCCGCAGUUUCGGUCUUCUCGGUUUGGUGUAGCUGUCACGACUUCAGUCCUUUGCCUUUCUGGCACGAAGGCCAACGCGUGGCAACUCGACCUUGGCGUCGUCGGUACUAGCACGAUACGGCUAAGUAAGUACGGGAAAUCUAGCUUGUCCUGUUGGCUAUAGCAACUUCUUCUAAGGAAGAGAAACACGAUGUAGGUGGUGUUGUAGGUAGAUGAAAAAAUAAUAUCGCGGUUGCAGUAGAAGAUAAAGCACACUCCAAUUGAUGGCUCUAGCUAGAUGGACAAUCAAGCAUUCCGGUAUGUGAUGCGGGAUUAUCCUAUCGGUAGUACGAAAUCAUCAGUGUGAUGCGCACUGACCACUGACUUUAAGGUUUUCUCCUUUCCCACUUACGAUUUCAGGCCUGUUGCUCAAUCCACUAUUGUAGCCACCGUUCUGACGGCUCAGGCCCAUUUUGGUAAGUAAGUACAUUUCAUCUACGACGAGCUAUUUUUUCGCACGAACUACUGGCGUUUUUUCCUCGAGAUGAUUUUUUACUAAACCUCUGUAGAAGCAUGACCACUGUACUUUCAUUGUUUUCUACCUCGCACGCAGUCUACUUCGAGUAAUGCCGUUCUCCUAAGCAUCGCGGCCGUGCGGGCCAUACCAUCACCUGAUCGGCAGUAAAGGCCAGGAAAAGGUAGGAUGCGGGAUGAAAGCCCGGUCGCCAUCACGGCCCUCGUGCUCUCCUCCAUCACGUUUGCGUUCGCAGUCUUAUGCAUGAUCUGCUGUUGCUGCGCGCUGAUGCGAGAUCGAAGUGCGGGGAAUGUGGAGCAAAAUACCUACGACCUAGAGGCGGCUGCGCGUACUUUGUUUUUUUUUGUGUUUUUUCUUUCAUCUCUUCUGCUCUUUUAUUCUCUAGAAAAGCAACGCUCAUGCAUGAUAAAUAUUGUUCUUACGUGGACGUGCCGCGCCAGUAGUGUAAAAAUUGUAUGCUUGUCUUGCAGGAGGACGAUGAAAUCAAAAACGAAAUCAAAAACGCAUAUGCAGGUUUGUUCCGGCCACAGGCACCAACAAAUCCGACAGAAGACUACGGCGGCGCGACACCGGCCGAGCGGGUCCGCCCGUUUGAGGGUGGCGGACAACGUCUAGGGUCGAUGGACGACGCCAGCUCCAAAAAAUCUCUGGAAAGUACAAGGAUGUAAGAGCGGUUCAUCGUGAUUGUUCAUUAAUUCGUUUUUACCUUUAGUUUUACCGAUUCGUUGUGAUAGACCCGCAAGCGAGGCAUCUAUCUGGAACGACGUCGCUGCUGCUCUGCAGUGGCCGCACUUUUUCAAAGCGACAACAAGGGUCGCUGUUCUGGCGCCCUGGUAGCUCCCAUGUAGUUUAUUUUUCUUGGAAACGGCGGGAUCGGGGAUCGGGUUCCAAGGCAACAUCACAUGACGUGAUGUUCUAGUUUAUCUAUGCAAGUGUACUACUUGAGCGUUGAUACAUUUUCAUUUUUGUUUUCUGAGAAAUCUCAUCCGCAACAAGGACAGCACCGGCUGUACCUCACAAGUUUUACAUAAAUCUAGUGUAGCACCAUGUCGUGCGAUAUUGUCUCGGCUGCAGUACAAUUUACAAAGCAUGUCAAUCCGUUGAUUAGCUGCGAACUUGAACUUUUCCAGAUGCCAGUCUCGCAAGUGGCUGAUAUGAAAAAAACAUUCAUGGAGCAGGUUUUUUUCGAGCAAAUUGUAGCUGAAACGCAAUGCGCGACAUCGACAUGUACGCAACAACUUGAACACCAAAACUAACGGAC